AUGCCGCGUCCCACACUGCCACCCACGCCGGCGUCCUCGACCGACAUAAAGGGUCAGGAUGGUUCUAAAGGCCUCGCCUCACUGCAGCUGUCCUUCGAGCUACCCCCGCCCGCAAUGAUUCAAGACGCCUCGAGAAUAUCGCCCACCGACACGAGGUCAUCGCCCAAUGCUGGCUUGAAGCCUAUUUCCCCGUCAACGGUUACGCCGUAUCCCGUCCAACCCAGCGAGACGGUGAAGUCACGGAGAAGAUCCUCGGCAGCACAAAAGGCGGCAAGCGAGAACUUCGCCCUGCCCCCACCGCCAACUCGGUCCCGCAAGAUCAUUCAAAUGAAGCCCCGGCCACAAGAGGAGCCCGAAGAGGCUCCGGCCGCUGCCAAGUCGUCAGGCCCGGCGAAGGGCGCUGCAUCGACCACUGCACAAUCCAAGAAGAAGCAACCCUCGGCGACCAGCGCGGCGGGACGCAAGAUUGCGAGGAAAACAGCACACAGCUUGAUCGAGCGCCGUCGUCGGUCCAAGAUGAAUGAAGAGUUUGCCGUUCUGAAAGGCAUGAUUCCCGCCUGCACUGGCGAGAUGCAUAAGCUGGCCAUUUUGCAAGCUUCUAUCGAAUAUGUAAGGUAUCUUGAAGACUGCGUAGCCAAGCUCAAGGCCCAGCGCGACGUAUCAGAGGGUGUCUCACCUACCGACUCCGGCCUGCAGACCCCCUCGGGACGUGACCCGUGGGGCUCCAUCCCGCAGUUCGUCCCCAAAUACCAGCAAGAACCCGACGACGUCGAAAUGACCGGCUCCGAGGCCCCAUCACCCACUUUCCCCGCUCAACAACACUCCCGGUCCCAGCAGCCAUCCGUGUCGCCGUCGCCCGCGCUUCUCGCACAGGACUCGAGGCACCGCCACGAUUCUUACCCUUCCGUGUCAACGGCGGAUCAGAGGCAUUACAGCUACAGCGCAUCGUCGGCAACGACGUCCCCCGCAUUCGGUCCGCAGCCGUACGCUUACGGUCACGGCAUCGCCUCGGUGUCACAUUCAACGCUUACCAGUCCCGCUUUGGCACCGCAGCGUGAUCUCGACCAUGAGGCGACGGCAGCGCUAUUGAUGUUGAACACCGACCGGAGAGGUACUGUGGGCAGCGAGAGCGCGAGUACCGCUCGCGGUGCCGGGCGUGGUAUGUCGGUGAGGGAUCUGCUGAGCACAUGA